AUGCUUCCAAGCAACACCAUCUUUCAGAUCCUUCUCAUAUUCCAGUUUUGUCUUGGUGUGAUAGGAAACUCAUCACUGUUAAUGUUAUAUAUAUACAUGUUCCUUUUCAGGCCUCAUUUUAAGAAGUUAAUAGAUUCAGUUUUCCUGCACCUGACAAUAGUUAAUCUGUCAACAAUCAUGUUCACAUUGAUAAAAGAUAUCAUGUUUUCCUUUAGAGUACCCAAUUUUCUGGACGAUAUCGGUUGUAAGGCAGUUUUGUUUUCAUUCAGAAUCAGCCGGGGUUUGUCCAUCUGCACAACCUCUGUUCUAAGCAUAUUUCAAGUCAUUACUAUCACUCCCAGUAAUUCUAAGUGGGCCUGGCUUAAACCUAGACUCUCUAGAUGGAUUUUUUAUUCCUUACUUUGCUCCUGGCUUAUUAACCUUUUCAUCUACGGAUAUAUGCUUGACUUGGUAAUUGCCAAAACCAAUUUUACUCAAAUUGGCCAUGGUUAUUCACAUGGUUAUUGUCAAAACAAAAAAUUUCAGAAGGAUGACUCAGGGUCAUUUUUUAGCCUUAUCAUCACUCAUGAUCUCUUCUAU